CUUUUUCUCUUAGUGUCCAAAGGAUAUAUCCACAGACAUGUUUGCCCGUCUUUGUAGGUGCUUUGGGAGAGUUGGUGUUGAUAGAGAAGAGUCUAGAGUGACGCAAAUGAAACCUAAAGAGGCCUGCAGACAGACGUCAUCCCCUGAAAAUGUCCUAAACAAGGUGCAGGCCAACGAGGGAGAGGAGAGGCUGAAUAGAGAACUGGAGCUAACUACCAAGGAGAGAAAUGAGCUGACAGAUCGCCUCCUUUAUGUGACAGGUGGAUCCAUGAGCAAGAGCCCCUACUUCAGGCCAAAUCCAUUUUAUGAAAACUUGAAGAUAAAGGAGAAAGAGGUCAUGUCAUUACUGCACAACUUAGACACAAAGAACAUUGAACAUCGUGAGAAAUUUCAGGAGCUCAAGAAGGAGAUUAACUUCUAUCAGUAA